UCCGGUGCCGGUGGCGUCGAUACGUCCGACAUGAAUGCGUUCUAUCGGUUCGAGAAUGGCGCUGUGGCGGCUGCAGCCCACCGACGGUACUACCCGACCGGAUACGGAACGCACGCCUCUCGGAUGUCCCCGCAUAUGGCUCCGCAGGUGUGUCGGCCGCACUUCCCCAGCCCGCUGUCGUGGUUCAACGAGUCCACGAAACCCUUCGCGGCCAGCGGAAGCUGGAGUAGUCCCUUCACCUGCCCCCAGGACCCGCAGGACAGUAAACAGAGUCACCUGCAGAGUAGUCAGGCCUCGGCCGGUCAGAAUCUGUUCUCCUUCCCGCCAACCCCACCAAAAGAUUCGACGCCGGAUUCGGUGCACACCACCCCCAACGAGUAUCAAACCACCCUGAACAGCUUCAUGCACCAGAGUCAAACGUCAUCCAGCAGUGCCCUGAAUGUCGCUUCGAGUUCCAACAACAACAACAACAACAAUUCUAGCAUCUCGUCGCAUUCGGCAGACAACUGUGGGAUCGACGUGAAGCCCUGCCUAUCCGGCAGCUCGCUUAGCGAUCGGAACAACGCAGAGGUGGAACAGCACCAUCCGAAGCAUCGGGAAGGUACGGGUAACAACAAUAACAACACCAACAGCUCCGGUACCAAUAGUCACGGCGGCAGCAAUAGUAGCGGUAACAGCAGUGCUGUCUACCACAAUUCCGCCACCAACAACUCGUUCAACAUGUUCGAUCAGUCGCACCAUAGCGGAGUGACCGGCGGGUACGAUCACACCGGCUACGGAUUCCACCAGUCCGGACACGGUAUCGGUGGCGGUAACGGUGGUACAGGCGGCGGAACCGGUGGAUCGUACCAGCAAAGCUCCCGGCCGAGUCUCAUGAACAGUUCGCACAUCAAGGCGCAACGGGCCAAAGUGAAAUCCAGUGCCGGUAAGAUAUGGACACGGUGUGGGUUUACGUUAUUCUUCGGUUUUAGUUGUGUUGUGUUUUGGUUUUUUUAUCUCAUAAUUUCCUAACUGUCUGGUAAAUCAUUUGAUGGCCACGUUGAUGUGAGAUUCUAAUUCUAAGAAAGGAGGAGAAAAGAACUAAACACACAGAGAACAGACGUCCAUCUGGGUAGUUCAAAGUUGUGUAAACUUAAAGGUCUAUUAAAAAUAAUUGGCAUAUCACCAACGGGAGCGUUACUGAGUCUGACAACUGCUAUCCUAGAGGUUUAAAAAUGGUCGACAUAGUUAUACCACAGACAUAACGCUCGAAAACAAUCCUUCGACCGCUUUAAAGUUCAUUUUAAACUUUUAUACGGCAUUCAAUUAGCUAGAGAUUACUAAGUAGGGAAAGUUAUGAAAAUUUUUGAACCAUAGUACUCAAGUGAGAGCAAGGAUAUUUCACAUUUUACAGAUCGGAAAACUAGAAGUGGCAGGGUCAUUAGCAGCAGGCUUCAAAUCCUACAGACUAAUGUUUUGUCUUCUGCUAGCAGGAGUCGAGCUUAGACAGUGGAACUACGAAUCGCUCAAGUCUACCAACAUGUCUCACGGCAAAGACAGACCUGUUCCUCUUUACCAUGAGCAUAUAUUUUUAGUUGCGACUGUAGUCGCAUAUGCGAAUAUGGUACCACUGAUACAUGCGCAAGUAUAGGUGGAUAGCCAACUCAUGAGGGAUAGCCCACUUGCAAAUGAGUGGAAGUACUGUUCUAGCAAAGUUAGCGGAUCGACAUUUUUUGGAGGAAUAUCCUCAUAGUGUUAUGUCGGUUAGUCUGUGGUUAAUCCUCUAGUUGAGCUGGUAUGACAGCGCUAGUGAUUUAACGAAUAUCCCCUUAAUGCUUUACACAAGUCUCGACAAACAUAUGAUUACGGCCUAAAAGCCAACUGUCAAAAUCCAUUUUGAAUGGAAAUUCCGGACAAACCGUUACACGCCAAUCACAGAUGUUGGUAGUAAACGAAAGAGAAAAGUUUUCUCUUUCAUAAACUGUUGUGAACUGUGUUCGACU